AUGGCUGGACUAGAAGGACAAAAUGAGAAUGAUGUGAGUGAUAGUAUGAGAAUAAUGUUAGCCAUUCAGGAUAUGGCCUUUGUUAUUCGUGAGACAAAUCAACAUAACCACAAACCCCAUCAGGAAACUCAAGAUGAUCAAAUAAUGAGAAUUCAAGGAGAAUUUCGUAAGACACGACCACCUGUGUUCAAGAGUGAUCCAAACCCUAUGGCAGCAAAAGAAUGGUUAAGACAAAUAUGGAGAAAGAUGAAUGAACAAAGAGUUCCUGGAAACCUGAAAGUGACCAUUGCUUUUACCUAUUUGGAAGGACAUGCUUAUCAUUGGUGGGAAUCUGUCUUGGCUAUGCCUGAUGUUGAGAUUACAACUUGGGUUGCCUUUGAGACAAUAUUUCUAGAAAAAUAUUUUCCUGAAACUAUGAAAACCAUGAAGGUACAUGAGUUCACUAAUCUUUAUCAAGGUGAUAUGACUGUGGGACAAUAUCAAGCUAAGUUUGAAGAACUAAUGCGUUUUGCUCCUUACAUGAUUCUUAAUGAGUCUGCAAAAGCAAAGAAAUUUGAAGAAGGGUUGAGACUAGAGGUCAAGGAGAAAGUGGAACUUUUUAAAUUGAAAAAGUAUGCUGAUGUUGUUGAUGCCGUAAUGGCCGAACAAAGGAUACUUGGUUCUAAGAGAGACAUUACCGAAGGGAUUGUCCCCAGCUACAAUCAUAUUAGAUACCUGUUGUUCCACAAUCACAACCACAGUUUAGUGCACCACAACAACAAUUUCAAGCUUCACAAACAUAGUACCGUGCUCCGUACCAGGCCCCAUAUCAAGAUUCACAGAAUCAGUUUAGAGGUCCUGUUAAUCAAAAGACACAACGUUCGAGGGGACAACCUACACAACAAAGGCCUAGGGCACCAGGAACAGCAAGGAGACCUGAACAACUCACUCAAGGAUGAAUUGAUUGCUCACAUGGCCAAUAAGGAUCUGGAUUAUCCCAAACUUGAGCUUAUUCCUAUAGUGAAGAAUUUCAAUGAUGUUUUCCUAGAAGAGUUAUCUGGAUUACCCCCAGAACAUGAAGUGGAGUUUUCUAUAGAUAUUUAUCUUGGCACAUCACAUAUCUCUAUACCUCCACAUCAGAUGGCACCAGCAGAGUUGAAAGAAGUCGAAACACAACUUCAAGAACUUGAAAGAAAAGGUUUCAUUUGUCCUAGUACCUCACCAUGA